GUGUGUGUGGGGGGGAGGGGAACCACGCCAUCCCCGCCCCUUCCCCGGCCGUUUCUGUCGUUCGGCCUCCGUAGCGGCGCGUGCGCGGUGCGGCUCUGAUAUCAUCGCGCAGCGACGCGGUUGGGAGCGGCGCCGCGAUGUUCAAGGUAAUGCGUCUGGGGGCUGCACCUGCUAGUCUGAGCUUGCUGUCCAUCCAAGUAUUUGCUUCAUCCUCAGAGAAGGAAACUCCAAAAAAAGAGUUGCUAAAAAUUGAUGAGCUUUCACUCUACUCCUGUCCAACUCAUGAGUCUAAAUAUGUGGAGGAACCACACACCCAGCUGGAAGAGGGGAUCUCGUAUCUGCGGCAUUCUGUGGCGCCAUAUACAGCUUGGUGUCAGGAUCUUUACACUAACGCUAUGCCCAAAGUAGAAAGAACUGUUGAACGUGGUAGAGAAAGUUGUGAAUUUCUCAAAAAUCCCCCGCCAGGAUUUUACCCAAGGCUUGGUGUCAUUGGUUUUGCUGGAAUUGUUGGACUGUUUCUUUCUAGAGGCUCAAAAAUAAAGAGGUUGGUGUAUCCAGUGGGCUUCAUGGGGAUUGGUGCCUCGCUAUAUUAUCCACAACAAGCUGUUGCUAUUGCAAAGGUCACUGGUUCAAGGUUGUAUGACUGGAGUCUGCAAGGAUAUGUGGCUGUAGAAUCUCUCUGGAAGGAUAAUCCUAAAAAGAAGAAAUCUGGAAAAAAAGCAAGUGACAAGUCUGAAGCCAGCAAUGACAUGCCAGUGGAAGUACACGUCAAUUCAGGUGAAGAAAGAACCAUGAAGUAGAAUGCGCCAUCACUUCCUAUCAAACAGCUCCAGAGCUCAACAUCUGCUUCUGCGAAGAAUUUAUCAUCCUACCCUUCCGAGGAAAAUUAACCACAUCUGCCACUGUCUCUUGGGACAGACAUCCGGACCCGUACACUGGAUACUGGCUUGUUAAUAUAAUGCCUUCCUUUCCUAUAUUCAGUUCAUUCACAGGGAAGAGGUCUGAACAAAGUUGGAUAGGGUUUGGAGGAUUGUAGGGACACCCCCUUCACAUCAACCAGCAGCAUAAGGUGGGGUGGAGAAGAGACGGCUUUCUCUUUCAGCAGCUGGGUGAUGGAGCAGCCAACUUAUUAGGUGAUGUGAAAGAUGCAAGUUGCAAUGGAGAAGUUUUAGGAACAGCACCUCCCCCUUUUCAACUGUUUUUUUGUUUCGUUUUGUUUUGUUUUAAAGUGAAAUGCUAUAAUAAAGCUAGCCAC